AUGGAUUCAUCAGGAUAUUGGGAUCAACAAGGAACAAAUAAUCCAAAUAGAUCACAACAUGAAGUACAAUCACAACGAGAAUUAUCACAAGAUGAAAUAAGAGAAUCUAUUUUACUGUCGACUACUACAACAACAGGAACAGGAACAGGAACAAUAGCAGAUCAAAAUUUUCAUCAUAAUCAUUUAAUUCAUAUUAUUGAUGAAGAAAAUAGUAAUUUUGGAAGUAUUCGAGAAGAUUUAAAUUUUAAUCAUGUUAAUAUAGAUGAUGAUGAUGAAGAUGAUGAUGAAGAGGGAGGAUUUAGUGAAGGAAAUAUGCGUAUUAGACAAUCAGGAAUGAGUCUUGAUGAUGAUAAUGAUGGAGGUGUAGAAGAAGGAUCAGAAGAUGAUGAAGAAAAUGACGAUGAUGAUCAAAUUAUAGAAGAUCAAAGUAAUAGAUCAUCAAAUAUAAAUAAUAGUAAUAUAGAUCAUCCUCAACCAAGUUUAGAACAAAUUCAAAGAGUUUAUUAUAUUAAAGGAUUACAAGAAUUAGAAGCAUUACAAUUGUUUGAUUUAUCCCCUUUAGCUAAUUGGAAAUUAAGUUCUUGGAAACAAGGAUAUGGGUUAAAACAAUUAAGAGAUGAUUCUCCUGAUACUUAUUGGCAAAGUGAUGGAAGUAAUAGUGGGAAUAAUCAUAAUAAUGGAGAUAAUAAUUCAAAUCAACAACAACAACAACAGCAACAACAACAACAACAAAAUCCAAAUAAUAGUAUGUUAUUAAAUCAAUUAUCUAAUCCUCAUUCAAUAACAAUACAAUUUUCUAAAAAAGUUUCCCUUGAAAGAAUAUCUAUUUUUACUAAUUAUUCAUUAGAUGAAAGUUAUACUCCAUCAAAAAUUAAAAUUUUGGCUGGUAGUUCUGAAGGUUGGGAUUUAAUUGAAGUUUGUACUGUUAAUUUCGAUCAACCAAUAGGUUGGUCUCAUAUUAUAUUUAAUGGUAUUAGAAAUGAUAGUGUAUUGAAAUGUUUUUUAAUUAAAAUUGUCAUUUUGGCUAAUCAUCAAGAAGGCAAAGAUUCUCAUAUACGAGCUAUAAGAUGUUUUGGUAAAAAACCAAAUGUAUCAGGAAUUGGUGGUUCUAAUAUGGGUAGUAAUGAUUUACAGUAUAAUAUCGGUAAUAAUGAUUCAUUGCAUCAUUCUGAAUUACUUCGAGAUUUAAGUUUAGCUACCGGUGGGGUAGGUUCAAGUAAUAUGUCGGGACUUCUGUUGAAUAAUAGAACAAUACUGGGUAUAACAGAUCGAGGAAAUAUACUAGAGGAGGAGGGGGGAGAAGAAGAAGGAGAAGAAGAAGGUCAGAAUGGAAUUGAUGAUACUGAUUACAGACAAUCUGAAGAAGGUACAAGUGGUGCUAGUACUGAAGAAACACAGAAAAUAAUCAACAAUGUGUCAAGUAUAAUUGGAUUUAACUCUGGGUUUCAAAGUCUAGAAUUAAAAAGUAUAUCUUCAAUUAGAUAG